GCGGAAAGAAAACUAAGGAAAUAAUUUAUUUCAAGGAUAAACAAUAAGUUAAGGCAAGACUGACUACUGGAACUCCAGCUUAAGCUCGGAACUUGGACUCGGAGUAGGCCAAUUAAGAACCACUACCACCACCACCAUCAUCACCAUUACCACUAGCGACAGCAGGUGUCCAACUGGCUAAAUCCAGUGACAAGUGGCAUCUUUUGCGGUCGCCCCGGAGGCCGGGUGUGGUCGGUCGUGCGUUAGAAACGGGAAAUCGGAAACAUGUUCUUCUUCAUCGGCUUCUUCUCCAGCUGCUCCAGUCCCAGCCGGCGGUGGCUCCGAUUGGCGGCCGUUAUUGGAUUGCUGCAUCUGCCGCAGUUUGUGUGUCAUGCUAGUUGGGCAACCAGAGCGAUCAACGACAACGACAACGACAGCAUCUCGAAAGCCGCCAGCACUGCGGCUUCACCGGGCAACGCCAUGCAGAUCCAGACACUCCAGGUGAACUGCAGCAGGGAUUUGCUGGAGAUGCAUCUGGAGUUGAGUCGCCCGUUUCGGGGUCUGCUGUAUGCCAAGGACUUCCUGGAGUGUCGUUCGCGGGGCCAGGACUCCACGCGCCUGCAGUUGCGCAUACCCACGUCGGGCUGUGGUGUGCGAGCGGAACCCUUGGAGGAUGGCAGUCUGGAGUAUACGGUGCGUGUGAUGCUCCAAAUGGAGCAGAAACUGCGACAGAGCACCGAUAUCCUGAGUUCAGUGCGCUGCCAAUUGCCAGCCAAUGCGAUGGGCAUGCCAGUGCCAGCUCUGCGUCCGGAAACGGGAAGGGAGAGGAAUGCCCGGAUGCGAGCCUUGGCAGCUGCCCACUCUCCCACGACCCAUCAUCAUCAACAGCAGCACAUGGAGACCCCACGCGUUCGCAUCUGGCUGGAGCUGGGCGGACCCAAUGGCUCCGGUUCUGUGGAGGUGGGUGUGGCCACCACUUUAACCGUACGAGCCAUUGUUCCCGGCACCAUCGGUGUGCGGGUGGUGGACUGUGCCGCCCUAGAUGGACUGGGCGAGUCCACACAGCAGCUUCUAGAUGCCCGUGGCUGUCCCAUCGAUGAGCAGGUAAUGCCCGCUCUGCACACCGAGCACCGGCCAGCGGAGGAGGGUUGGUCCAAGCAGCUCGAGGAAGACCUGGUGGAGCGAACAUUUGCGGCCACAUUUCCCGCCUUCAAGUUCCCGGACCGAGAGCGGCUCCAUGUUAGCUGCGGUGUGCAGCUUUGCAAGGGGAAGUGUCCGACACUAAAUUGUCGCCAGAAGACGCCACCAUCGCCACCAUUGCCGGAGCAGCACCUGGCACGCAUCGAGGUGUUCAAUUCGCUGGCCGUGACAGCUCCCCAAAUCGAGGUGGAUCGACUGCGGUAUGAUAGGCGCCACAACAUGAGCGGUGAGGACUAUGCACCGCAUGUUCGAGCCCAGACACUGCCCGGCGAGGGUACCCUAUGUCUGUCCAUCUCCAAGCUGGCCAUCUCGUUCUGUGUCCUGGGCCUAAUCUUCCUGGUGGCCGUUGUGGUGGCCAUCUUUUCGCUAAUACGAUCGCGACGCCGGGAACGUCGCCAUGGCGCCGGUGGAUUGAGUUUGGGUCUGGGCCUGGGACUGGGCAUUGCCGGAACGAGUGCGUCGAACAGCAGCAGCCGGUUGCAUCGGGAUCGGAAUGAGAUCUGCACCUCGAUGUUCUCCUCCAGCAGCGAGUCGGCUCAGUCGCAGCCACGUUUCGGUGGGAAAUUCCUGAUGCCUUAUUAUCCGAAUGCCCUGCCCUAUGGGCGGGUCUACUGAGCUCCAGAUUAUCCCAUAUACCCUAACCCAGAGACUGACGGAUUCGUCUAACGAGUGGCACCAAAUUAAGGUCUAACUUUAGCACGUUAACACUGCGAGUAUCUUACUUACUAUAUGUUAUUUACUAUAUUUACGGUCGGUCGGGGCCCGAAAGGCUCUUGAAAGCGUUUUCUCCUUCAUUCAUUGGGUCUAAAAUGCGUUUUAAUGUCCUUUCGCU